UCGGCGUCACCAACGAUAAAUGCACAAAAUCAAGAAAUCGCUCGACUCACCUUAAUUAAUGCACGAUACAAAAAAGAGCUUCAAAAAUUAAAUGAGAAAAUACAAAAACAAGCAGAGCAAGAAAAGAAAUCAAAAGUUGAACAAGCGGCAAUACAAAACCAAUUGCAAAAAACCAUAAUAAGCCAACAAAAAGAAAUUGAUAAACUUCAAGUGGAACUACAACAAAGUAAAAAUGAGGCAGACGAAAAUGACGAAAAUUUCUCUAAUCCUAAGUCACGAAACGAAAUGAAAAAAAUACAAGAUCAGACUUCACUAUUGGAAGAAGCUCAACAAGAAAUUGAGAAAUUGAAAGAAAGAGAGAUUGAAUACGAAAAUGUCUUCACGAUUCAGCAAGGUAUUAAUAACAAAUUAACCGAGUUGAUGGAGCAGGAAAUUGAAUUAAGGGUUAAAAUGGAAAUAGAACGAAAAGAUGCGGAGAUUAAGUUGAGGUUGGAAUGGGAACAUGAAGCACAAAAAGAAGAACGUAAAGAAUAUCAUAAAAGAAUUGAAGAUUUAUUACGUAGACAAUUUGAACUUGAAAAAGAAAAUGAAAAUUUAAAGUUAGAAUUAUAG